CUUUGACACUGCAAAAAACAAUUGAUCCAUUUUCCCUGCUUUUCUCGAAUUUUGAAGUUUUUUGUUGUUCAUUUUCGCACUCUUUACUUUUUUGUCAUUUUAAAUUAACACAUUCUUCUUCUCAAAAUGCAUCUUAUGUACACCUUGGACGCCAGCGGCAAGCGCUCCUACACCCUGAAGAAGGCCACCACUACCGGCGAGAUCACAAAGUCUGCGCAUCCCGCUCGCUUCUCGCCCGACGACAAGUACUCCCGGCAGCGCGUUACCCUGAAGCGUCGUUUUGGAAUCCUCCCCACACAGCAGGCCGAUAUCGCCGUCUAAGACGGUCAAACGCACCUCCAGCGCCAUGUUUUUUUCGCGCAUGAUGAGCGCGCAGGGCUGCAACUUUUGUGCUUUUUCAUCUUUUUUCUCUGUCGCUUUUGAAAAUAUAAAAAUGCUAGUGUAUUCUAAA